GUUGCGCGCAUCUGAUGCUCUCGAGCUCGUACGAUUAUAAAAUGGCGAGACAUACAUGCUCUGCUUGUGAUGCUCAUCGCGUGAUGAGUUUGUUUCUCCAUAGGAGAUCGGACAUGGCGUUUCCCCUGGUUGCUCUCUUUUUCAUGAUCUCGGCUAGGUGGUGCCUGGAGGUUGCCCAUGCCGGACGCCAGGUGUUCGACGUUAUGGACUUCGGCGCCAUCGCCGACGGAGAGACGGAUGACUCAAAGGCUUUUAUAAGGGCGUGGAUGAAGGCGUGCGCGUCGCCGGGGAGGCCGGCCGUCGUGGUCCCCAAGGGCGAGUACCGGCUCCAGCCGGUGGUCUUCCGCGGCCCGUGCAAGGGCUACAUGCAGGUGCGCCUCGCCGGCGACCUCCGCGCACCGGACGACCUGGCCGCGUUCCGGGGCAGCCACGAGUGGAUCAACUUCGCCAGCAUCGACGGGCUGCUCGUCACGGGCGGCGGCACGUUCGACGGCCGCGGCGCGUCGUCGUGGCACCUCAACCAGUGCCCAACGAAUCCGAACUGCAAGCCCCUCCCCGUCUCGAUAAAGCUCGGGCGCGUGAGGAACGUUACCAUCACGGGGGUGACGUCGCUGGACAGCAAGUUCUUCCACGUGAUCAUCAUCGGCAGCCAGAACGUGUCCAUCCAUCGCGUCACCAUCCGGGCGCCGCGGGACAGCCCCAACACGGACGGCGUCCACAUCCAGGGCUCCUCCAACGUGCGCAUCACCGACACGGCCAUCGCCACGGGGGACGACUGCAUCUCCGUCGGCCCGGGGAGCGCCGACAUCACCGUGUCCGGGGUGAACUGCGGACCCGGCCACGGCAUCAGCGUGGGCAGCCUCGGGAGGCACCCAGGCGAGGAGGACGUGCGCGGGCUGCGCGUGUCCAACUGCACCCUCGCCGGCACCGCCAACGGCGUACGCAUCAAGACUUGGCGCGGCGGGCUCCGUCCGGGCUCCGUCGUGUCCGGUCUCGUCUUCGAGGACAUCGUCAUGAGGAAGGUCCGGAACCCCAUCAUCAUCGACCAGGAGUACUGCCCCUACAGCUCCAGCUCCUGCCGCCAUGAAUCGGCGCAGCGGCCGUCCGUGGUGAAGAUAAGCGAUGUAAAGUUCAAGAACAUCAGGGGCGUGUCGGCGACCCAGGUCGCUGUGAAGCUGUCGUGCAGCGGCGCGAGCCCGUGCCAUGGACUGGAGCUCAGGGACAUCGACCUGACGUACGUCAAGCGCGGCGUCGCCACAGAGUCGCGGUGCGAAAACGUCGCCGGUGGUAUGGCCGGCGGCAUGCUCGUACCUCCCUCAUGUAUAUGAGUGCUGUAGAUCGUAUCGAUCUAGUCACCGAUCGGAUAGUAGUAGGACUAAAAAGUAUGACACGCCAAAGAUAUUGCUUCUUUCCUCUGUACGAUACUGUUUUUUUUUUCAUAAUGGGUGGAUUUCAUUGACUCAAAAUGACGCAUUAAAAUGUAUAUAAACAGAACGAGCAAGCACUUACCUAGCCUUUGUAUAUAUAGGAUGCACACAUACCAAAAAAACAUGUCGGUAAAGAGCAAAAUUAUAUCAUACCUAAAUUAUGGCUAAGCCAGGAAAAAGAAAAAUCAAACAAAAACAAACUACAUCAGCGAUCAUACCCGCAUUAACCAUAUCUUGACCCCGCGAAGGCAAUAAUGGUCUUCAUCAGCAACACCUUUAGGAAAGGAACAACGCUCAAACGUCAUUGUAACGACCAGAGAUCAGAUUCUAAGUUCUCACACUGAAGAACAAGUUUGACCAUAUCCGAGCAUUGACUUCAACAAGGUAAUGACGUAAAAACAUUCUGAUUGCCAGGUAUAACUCAUUCAGGUCAGAUCUAGGGUUUUCACCCCCGAAGCUCGAGACCGUGUACUCAAUAAGUACCACCAAAUUAAAGUCAAUCAUGUGUUCUCACCACCACUUUUUUGCAAUCCCAUCAGCUACAUGCACUGGAAUGAAAUCUCACUGUCACUGAUGCACAACCGUACCCUCUAUGUCAAGCCGCCGUCCAUAUAUAGAUUGCCUGUCACCACCGAAGGCAAACUGGUCGGAGUGAGAGCUGCCA